UGCAUAUCAUAUUUGAGGGUGUUUUGCCUCGUCGCAUUGGUUCGUUACUGCAUCUCUCAGAAGCGAUUUUUCACUCUACAACAGCUUAAUACCCAAAUUUCGAUUUUCAAGUAUGGGUACAGUGAAAAGAUGAAUAAGCCUCGACCUAUCGAUAGAGAUCACCUGACUGCAGAGGACAAAAAGAUUGUACAAUCAGCAUCACAAAUGUGGUUGCUAGGACGGCUUCUUCCGCUUAUGGUUGGUGAAUUUGUUCCUAACGAUGAUCCUCACUGGAUCUGUUACUUGGGGUUGUUGUCUGUUAUGGUUCUGUGCACAGCAUUUGAGUUUACGAGCGAUUCUAUAGAGACUCUACAACUAUCAAUAGAGGACUACCUUCUCAGACUCUAUCCUGACUCGAUCACCCCAAGUUGUGUGAAAACUGUUUGCACACAAACACGGUUUGGCCCCCUUCGUCAUCAGUGGUGUAUGCGCUUUGAAGCGAAAAAUUCGCAGCUGAAACAGUUUGUGGGAAAGAAUUUCAAAAAUCUCCCCAAGACUAUAGCGGAACGGCACCAAAAUUACAUGUGCAUGCACCUGUUACCUUCUCCUGGAGUGGAAAGGACCAAUUUCCUAUAUGUGGUGAUGAAAUCCACAAAGGUAAUCUUAGUUGAGAUAUUUAUUUGCGAUAAAUGUUGUUUUUUAGUUGACGAGUAUCCCCUUGAGAGCUUCCACCCGUCACAGUUGAAAGCUAUCAUAAUGACAACGUUUCCAAAUAAGCUGUUUUUACCUGUGACAAGAGUUUCGCCCAAGUGGAGUUAUCUGUCAAGUGGAGUUAUCUGUUUGAAAAAACCUGAGGAUACAGACUACCCAAUCUUUGGUGAAAUCAGGCAUGUUGUUGUUGUCCGAGACUCAAUAUAUGUUGCUGCUCAACUUUAUACAACAUUAGGUUUUAAUCACCGCUAUGAGGUGUGCUUAGACAAUACUUACUCGGUUGUUCUUGUGAGUCAUUUAGCGUUAUACCAAGUACUUCACAAGUACACCAUUAAUUUACAAACACUGAUUGUUGUGAGGUCAUGUGACCAUAUAGAAUUUUUGUUUAAUAGCAGUGAUGACAAGUGUAUAAUAAUUAUACUGAUUGUUAAAAUGAUGACAUAUACGCAAUAUAUAGAAAAUAAUACUGAAUGA